CUUCCCGCCCGCGCGCGCCCUUCCCGCCCGCGCGGGGCCAUGUCCCGCGGGCGCUGCCCUCACCUGCUCUGGGACGUGCGGAAGCGGACCCUGGGGCUGGAGGAUCCCGGAUUGCUGCGCAGGCACUACCUCGGGAGAAGAGAAUUUAUCCAAAGAUUAAAACUUGAAGCAACCUUGAAUGUCCAUGAUGGAUGUGUGAAUACAAUUUGCUGGAAUGAUACAGGAGAAUAUAUCUUAUCUGGUUCAGAUGACACCAACCUGGUAAUCAGUAAUCCCUACAGCAGAAAGGUUCUCACAACGAUUCGCUCAGGACACAGGGCCAAUAUUUUCAGUGCAAAGUUCUUACCAUGCACCAAUGACAAACAGAUUGUUUCAUGUUCUGGAGAUGGAGUCAUUUUCUACACGAAUGUUGAACAGGAUGCAGAGACCAACAGGCAAUGCCAGUACACCUGCCACUAUGGGACUACCUACGAGAUUAUGACAGUACCAAAUGAUCCCUACACUUUCCUUUCUUGUGGUGAGGAUGGCACCGUGAGAUGGUUUGAUACUCGCAUCAAAACAAGUUGCACAAAGGAAGAUUGUAAAGAUGAUAUUUUAAUAAACUGUCGUCGUGCUGCCACCUCUGUUGCUAUCUGUCCACCCAUCCCCUACUACCUGGCUGUGGGCUGUUCUGACAGCUCAGUGAGGAUCUAUGACAGGAGAAUGCUUGGCACAAGGGCAACAGGGAAUUAUGCUGGCAGGGGCACUGUUGGAAUGGUGGCACGUUUUGUUCCUCCUCACCUCAACAACAAAUCCUGCAGGGUAACAUCCCUGUGCUACAGUGAGGAUGGCCAAGAGAUCCUUGUGAGCUACUCCUCAGAUUACAUUUACUUGUUUGAUCCCAAGGAUGACACAGCACGAGAACUUAAAGUCCCUUCUGCAGAAGAGAGAAGGGAAGAGUUACGUCAGCCUCCCGUUAAACGUCUGCGGCUCAGAGGGGAUUGGUCAGAUACUGGGCCAAGAGCAAGGCCUGAGAGUGAGAGAGAGAGAGAUGGGGAGCAGAGUCCCAAUGUCUCUCUGAUGCAGAGGAUGUCAGACAUGCUGUCAAGGUGGUUUGAAGAAGCCAGUGAAGUCGCACAGAGCAAUAGAGGACGAGGAAGAUCACGGUCCAGAGGUGGGACUAAUCGGACAGAUGCUCCUGCUACUAAUAACAUGGCACCCAGUAGAGAAUCAGAAACUGCAAUGGAAGUAGAUGGUUCUGAACAGCUUCCAUCAUCUUCCUCUUCUACCAUGUCAGCUCAAGCUCCUUCAACAUCAUCUUCAACAGAAAGUCCCCCUUCAACUUCAUUACUGUCCUCUCCUGAUAAUGAGCAAAGGCCUUCUUUAGGGGCCUCAACUCAGCCUGUGCUGCAUCAGUCUGAUUCUCCUUCUUCAGUGGUUAACAAACAGCUUGGAUCCAUGUCACUUGAUGAGCCACAGGAGAGUGAUAAGCCACGCACAGGAACAGGUGAACCAGUUUUAAGUUUGCACUACAGUACAGAAGGAACAACUACAAGCACAAUAAAACUGGACUUCACUGAUGAGUGGAGCAUCACAAAUUCAAGCUCUAGAGGGAGUGGAAGUCAUUGCAAAACUGAAGGCCAAGAAGACUCUGUGAAAACAAAAGCUUCAGAUGAGUCAGGGCCUGAUGGGGAAGAAACAAGGGUUCCUGACGAAUCUCUCAAGGAAGAUGCAAGUGCUGAAGAGCUGAAAAAUACAGAUGAAGCUGUAGAGACAACAGAAGCAACAGUGUCAGAUAAACCUGCGCCUGAGCACUCAGGAAUUCAACCAGAAACAGAUGUCCCCAGUGCUGAUGCUGCCUCUGGGAGCACAGAGGAAGAAGGCUCCUGUGAAAAAGGUGCAAACCAAGAGCCUUGCAGUCAGAGCCCUGACCCCGCCGCCCUGGUGCUGCUGGCGAGCGAGGAGCCUCCGUCCCAGCCGGAAUCCUCGGGGCUCGCGGCUGCGGACGAGGCCUCCACCAGGAGCGCGGCUCUGCAGGAAACCGACGACAGCGACGACGACCCCGUCCUCAUCCCGGGGGCCAGGUACCGAGGAGGCCCUGGGCACAGACGAUCCGCUGUCGCCCGCAUCCAGGAGCUCUUCAGGAGGAGGAAGGAGAGGAAGGAGAUGGAGGAGCUGGAAACCCUCAAUAUCAGGCGCCCCUUGAUUAAGAUGGUUUAUAAAGGUCACCGCAACUCCCGCACCAUGAUAAAGGAAGCCAACUUUUGGGGAUCCAACUUUGUCAUGAGCGGCUCAGACUGCGGCCACAUCUUCAUCUGGGACCGCCACACUGCUGAGCACCUCAUGCUGCUGGAGGCUGACAACCAUGUGGUGAACUGUCUGCAGCCUCACCCCUUCGACCCCAUUCUGGCCUCUUCGGGUAUUGAUUAUGAUAUAAAAAUUUGGUCGCCACUGGAAGAAUCCAAGAUUUUUAACAGAAAACUUGCAGACGAGGUAAUAACUCGAAAUGAAUUAAUGCUGGAAGAGACCAGAAACACCAUCACUGUUCCAGCUUCCUUCAUGCUCCGAAUGUUGGCUUCAUUGAAUCAUAUAAGAGCAGACCGAUUGGAAGGUGACAGAUCAGAAGGAUCUGGCCAGGAGAAUGAAAAUGAAGAUGAAGAGUAACCAACAAUUGUGUAUGAGCACCUGGAAGUCAAUAAAUUUGUAUAAAACAUUAAUUAUAUUUUUCCUUACAGAGCUUUAGUGCAAUUCUGAGGUAUUGCUUUUGGAUAACCUAACCUUUUGUUUUUUUGAAUGACUGUGUGCAUGACCUGGGGAGAGUGUGCAAGUUAAAAUAAGCAAAAAUGUUUUUAAAAUGUUUUGCCAUGUAUGAGGGGUGCUAGAAGAUGCCAAGUGCAAUAUUUUCCUUAAACAGCAAAUGUGGGAGCUUGGAUCAAUGUUUUAAAGUAACUUUCAUGAUAGUAAAAACGUUGGUUCAAAUAAAUUUCUAUACCUGCUGUUUGCAUGUUUGUUGCUUUCUAAUUAAAAUAUUUGGUUGUUUUAA